CUGAACGUUAGUAUUUUGACAAUUUUUGUAAAAUGAAAAUUGUAGAGAUUUAAAAUUAUAGCUAAAUCAUGGAACUAGUUUACAUAGGAAAUCGAAAAUGUUAUAAAAACCGUGUAUUAGUAGUGUCUAGUAAGGAAUGGAAGAGACUGACCAAUAUUGUGAGAAAAAAUGCUCAUGAACAGGAUGCGGCAGAAAACAGUUCUCAAUUAAAGGAAAAUCGACAAAAAUUAACAAAAAAUUUAAUAGGUUCUUGGAACAACACCGUAUUGAAUGAAACUAAGAGAGUUUUAGAACAGAAACAUAAGGCCAAAGAAAAUUUGGAGGUUGAGCAACGUCAAAUAGAUGAGCAAAUGAAAAUAGAAGCUCAUAGAAUUAGGAAUGAAGUAAUAGAAAAAACACGCAAACUUAAGUUUGAAGAAAAAGAUUGGACGAAAACGUUCAAUAGAGCAUUACAGCAGUCUGAAGUAUUCAAAGAAAGAAAUAUUCAACUUACAUUUAACGAAUUAGAAAGACUAAAAAAAUUGAAAGAAAAUUUAUCUGCAGCAGAUGAGAGAUCCAGGGAACUAAAAAAAUAUAAUGCAGAUAUGAAAAAAUUAAAGUACCAAAUAUUUAAAAAUAAAAUGAUGAAGAAUGAAGAAUUAUUAAAAGAGAUGAAGCUUCGAGAAGAAAAUAAACAAAUAGAAAAAAUGGCGCUAUAUAAUUCAAAUAAAUUGGAAUUACAAAAACUUACUGAAGAAAUUAAGGAGAAUGAAAACAGUACUAUGUUAAAGGUAAAAGAAGCCAAAGAAAAAGCUCAAAGAUACAUAAAGGAUAACAAUGAAAUAGUAAUCAAAAAAAUGGAAUUAAACUGGUCGAUUAAACAAGAAGAGGAUAUGGUUACAACCAUAAUGGCAGAGACAAAAAACAAAAUUGCAAAAAUGAGACAAUUAAAAGAGUUUGAACUUAAAAAAAAUAAAGAAUUGCAUUUGAAAACAUUGCAAGAGAAGAUAGCUGCAAAAUCAAGCAAGAAAAAUAUUUCGGGAGAUUCAAAUCUACUAAAAUGCAUUAAUGAACAAGAAAAACGGUUCCAAGAAGAACAACGCUAUAAAAAAGAGAAGUUUAAUAAACGAAACGAAGAUAUGGACAAUUUUAAGAAAAUUAAUGAAAAUGAAAAACUAAAAAAUGAAUUAAGAUUAAUAACGGACUGCCAAAAAGAAAUGGAUAGAUACAAACGAACGAUGAAAAUAUUAUACGAAUACAAAAAAUAUUGUAGGAAGAUACAAGCUGAUAAAAUAAUAAAGUUAAAAAGAGAAUUGGAUGAACAGUGUGUUGAUAAAGUAACAACACAUUUAAAAGAUAAAGAAGCUGACAUUGAACGUUCAGCUAUGUAUGAAAAAUUAUGUAAUACAGAAAAUGAAGAAUUUGUAGACUAUGCAUUGAAAACUAUAGAAAAAUGCACAAAAGAGGGGAAACCAAUAAUACCUCUUCUUAAAGCAUUAGAGGAGUACUUAAAAAAGAAUAAUUUAUAUAUUGAUGAGGCUUCUCAUAGAGUUUUAAGAAUUCAGCCAAAAGCUCACGUAAGAACUUCAAGAGUUAUUCAUGAGUCAUUUAAUAUUUAAUAAAAUUUGAUUUAAAAAGUAUAAAAACAUUAAAUAAAUUAAAGUAAAAAAUAAAUACAAAUAGUUAAUAAAAGAGAUUAAAAUAAAUGGCACUUAAUAAGUUUUAACAUUUGA